AUGCGAGCAGUCCUCCUGGUGGUCGUCUGCCAAGUGGUAGCCACGACCACCACUGACCACUCACACUACGCCUUCAUAGGGCCAUAUUACAACCUGACCAAUGUUAUCACCAGUGGCAACACCAACAUAGACUUUUCAAAUACCUUAGAAUACUACUCAGUGGACGAAUACUAUAGGAUUAAGAGGGAGGCCCAUUCUCUCAUCGGGCCUUUUGAUUUAACGAAACUCUUUAAAAAGAAGCAAAGGUUAAAAGAAGAAAUGCCGAGUGUAGCGUCUUUGCAUUCAAGGGAGGUAUUAACGGAGAGGCAAUUAGCGCUGACCGCUUUUACAGACCCUAAAGAUAAUGACGAUGCGAAAAAUGUUUUAGAUACAACCGUUUUUACUGAAGAUGAUGUUGAAAAUUAUAAAUCAAAAUCUGUGCCAAAUACUAAAGUAGAUGAGAAAGGAAGUGUCGUUAGAACGACAACUAUGAUUCCAAAAAGAAAAAACGAUAAAUCUAGAUUAGAUUCUAAAGGUACAGGAAAACGAAAAGCUGUUAGGAGAACCUCCACUACAGUGCCACCUGGAAUAGAGAAAUCUAGAAGUAAAGUGUCUAGGAAGUCCAAAAGUGUAUCAAGCAAAAGUUUGGACGGUGGAGAGAGGUUGAUAUCGAAAAAGAAGACGGAAAAUGAAACAGUAUGGCCGAUAAAGAAUGCAGCCAUCGUCGAAGGUGAUAUCGUUCUAGGUGGACUUAUGAUGGUAUGUUUGUUUGUUGUGUAG